UUUAAGGAAGUAAGCCGCAGCGGAAGUGAUACUGGCAAACUCUUUCUGCUACGUUAUUUCCAAUUUUACCAACCCUGUGGUCGUUGACAUUACCGAGGAAAUGUAAUCUCGAACCGCGAUCACUCGAUAUAGGCCACAAUAAGGCUCCGUUCACCAAAAAUAAUGGAACCUGCAAGGCGGGGCAUUUGUUUCUCGCAUGUCAUAAUCAACUCAAAGCUCUGAUCGUAAUUUUGGAACUGUAUCGACUUCAACUCUUUGUUUCUCCAGUGUAAAUGUUCCGAAAAAUAGAAAAACAACUUUGGCUGCCAUUCAAUUGAAAAUGCAUCUCCUAUCAGAUGCGGUACUGAUAUUCGUCUUGAUAUUCGUCUUACUGGGAAACUGUUGCCAGCCACUACUAAUAGGUGGUGGAGUCAAAGUGACACUGUUGACUCGUCGAGUCAAACUGGGCAAUCGACUCGAAAUAGAAUGCCGUGCUGAGCCGGGAGAGAGAGCUGGGUCACCCGUGGUUUUAUCUUGGCGAUGGAUAUCUAACGGUGCAGUAGUUGAACUCGACCAUAAUCGCCUCCCACCAGGAGCCGAAAAGAUAUUGAAUAUAAUAAACCGUUAUCAAGAUAUCGGUUUCACUUUCAUUGCGUCUGUCGUCAGUCGCAUUCGGUGGACGGCUGUCCCAAAAGAUGCUUCGGGCAUCUACCAGCUUGUCGAGAUUUGAACGAUGUCAGUCAGUCAACAAGCAACGCCACCUUGAUCGUAGCCAAUUCGAGCCAAAAUGAGGAUGGUCACACUAUCACGGACGAAUUCAGGAUCAGGAAAAUAAAGUUCACAUUUUCCAAAGUGGAUUGACUUUCAAUUUGACGUGCCUUACUAGUGUCGGUCAAGUUGAAUGGCUGGGACCUCAAUCAGUGGAGGAUGAUGAGUACUAUUACCGAGAAAAAGAGAUCCCUCUCAGAUUUCGGUGGUCUAAAAAAAUAAAAUUCAAGGGGUCUACUUCUGUCCUGAUGGUCCGUAACGCCAGUUAUUUGGACACGGGCUAUUACACUUGCUACAAUAAAAAUAAUUUCAACGUCAUCGACCGUCAAUUUGUUUACGUCGAAGAUCCCCAACAUCUGAUUCUUCCACCGGUCAUGCAGCCGGUGGGUCAAUAUCGAAACUUACGAGUCAUUGGCUAUUAUUCGGAAUCCGAUGUCCAGGUUGGCUGUGGUCCGACUCAUUCGUCUGUUCGAGUUAUCCUGAAAAAAUUAGACAACGAAAUCAAAGCAAUUGCAUCCUCUGAAGAAGCGGAUGGUCUAAUCAACGACUGGAGUUUCAAUCCAUUUGAAGGAUUCAAGAUCAACAUGGUCUAUUCUUGGGAGAUGAUGGGUCAAUACCAGUGCGAGGCCACACGGUCUAAUUCGAGCAAAAAGAGUGUCCCUACUAAAUUCAAAAUUGAAAUUCAUGGAUUGCAAGUACACAGCAAUUUCGAUCCUUUUACUCCGAUCGUCGAAGGAGAUCAAAUCACUUUGACGUGUCACAGUAAAAACAAAGACGUGAUGGACCUGGCCUGGCGAUGGCUGCCUGCUGUUCCACUGCCUUACCAAACUAUCCCAUUCAUGGAAAUCAACGCUACUCGUCUCCCAGCAGGCCUGAAUUCCUAAUCUUGAACUUAUUUAGUUAUUUUAGUCUCAAUUACAACAAAAUAUUUAAAUUGACAGACGGGAAAGGUUAUUUGCUACCGUUCGAGAACGAAACCAGCGAUCAGGAUUACCCAUCGCCUUUGGGAAUGUUCUAGGUGCACCGAUUGAAAUGGACCAACUUUCCCGUGGAAGCUAAUGGAAUAUACCAGUGCUACGACGCUAAUAAUUUAAAUAUUCCUGUCAGCAACAUCACAGUCAAUGUCGCUGAUUCAAAUGCUCCAGUAAUAAUCGAUUCAGAAGAUGAAGAAAUUUACGUUUAUCCAGGAAACGAAUUGUCACUGGAAUGCAGCGACAAUUCAGCAUUUCCAAAGCCCAAAAUCCAGUGGUUUAUGAGAAUU